ACCAUAUAUACAUAUGAAUAUAUCUGUAUAAAAUAAAAUUGGUUUGACUACCUCUGGCCCUAACUAUAGUUACAUUGAUACAUUACAUUUUAUGGGCAUCAUGGAUGGUGGCUGCUCCGCAUCCUCGCCGUCUGAAUUGAGCAAUGCUCCGGCAACCUCCGAUGGAGGCGGCGGCGGUGGCGGUGGCGGCGCUUCCAAGUUCCUUGCCAACCUCCCCUCUCGCGGCAACUUCUCCUCCACCGUUCUCUCCUCUAACCUGGGAGGGACACGUGUUUACAUUUGCCAUCGCGAUACAUCACCUCCAGAUGACCAGGUUAUAAGAACAAACCAGACGAAUAUACUGAUCAGAUCUCUUACGCUUAUGAAACAAAAGGGUGAUUCAGGCUCUAAAGAUGGGAAAGGUGCAGGAUCGAGGAAAAGAGCUGCUGAGAAAUCUUUGGAUGGUAAAGCUGCUGGAAAGAAAGCGAUGUCUAGCACUCAGCACGGUUCUUCUCAAGAACUGCAGAGCUUGACAGUAGAUAAACUUCGUGCACUCCUUAGGGAUAAAGGCCUUUCAGCGACGGGGAGAAAGGACGAGUUGAUUGCUCGCUUACGAGGUGCGAAUGGCUAGCUCUAGUGUUAUUAAGUUGAGAGGUUAAUACUUUUCAACUCUGUAGAAAUGUUUUGAAAAAUGUGGAAGCAUUGUUGUGUCAAUGUUUUGGGUUUUCUGCACUGCAUUAGUGCAUUUUGUACUGUUGUCGCACGAUUCUAAGAAUCUCGUCUCCGGAGACGGGGCCGGGGAUUAUGUGUAGACUUCUCCAAACUUCAAGUUCUUCCAUCUGUCUCUUUCAAACUUUUGUCAUGUAUGGUAGCCCAGUGCUUUGGAUCCCUGCCAUUGCACCGGGUGAUGUCGACCACACAUCUGCAAUAGUUAUACCUGCAGAACUGGAACGACAUUUUCAUGUUAGUUAUUUGCUACUGCUUGGUGCUUUGCAUCAUUGCAUGGUAGGGGAUAUCUCUUCAUGUUAAUCUUUUGGAUCUAUGGGUAGUUUGGCCUAUUCUCAUUAA